AUGGCUGCGGUUAUACAUAAUAAUUCUGCCAUGAUGGAGGGUGAAACGGUUGGGGGGGUGGCAGCAGAUGAAGAAAGUCAAUUAUUGCCAGAUUUGAACGUUGGGUUAGUACGUGGAGAGGCUAGGGAAAAGGAGAAGUUUAUUGGUGCCAUUAAUACAGGGCUGGUUUUCUCAACGGUUGCUGAUGGUAAUGCAGACUUGAUGCAAUCUCCCAUUAACUCAGCCGUUCACGCAUCAUUAACUCAGGAUUUUCAUGACGCCACCCCUUUGGCCGAUCACUGCUCAAGUGGGAGGAUUGGCCCCAAUCAAUGCUGUGAUUCUAAAGAAAAUUCGGUUGGUGCAGAUGGGGUUACCUAUGACCAACAUGGGCCCAACGUAGCUGGUGAACAACACGGGGGCUUCACGAGGGACAUGUCUCCCGAGGAUCCUUUCGGGCUUAGCCCAAUUAUCCGACGAAUCACAAAGGAAGCAAAACUGAAAACAAAGCGGGCCCAUGCAGGAAGGAGUAUAUCCAAGGCUCAUAGCAACAUGCAGAAUAUCUCCAGGGCUCAUAGCAACACGCAGGAUCAUCAUGAGAGCAGGAUUAUAGGAACUCUUAAUAAUAACGGCAAGAGAUGUGCUAACUUGACAGACAGUACUGCGAACACACAAGGGCAGAAGAGGCGAUGCUUGCCUUCUGUCUCUUCUUCUUCAUCGCUGAGAUCGGCGGGAGCUGGCGCUGCCCAGCCCCGCCAGGCACCAUGA